AACUCCCGCUGUCUCUGUCUCUCGUUCUCUCUCUCCCCCUUUCUUUCUCUUCUUCUUGACUCCCUCCAUCAUCCUCCUCUUCCUCAUCCAGCAUGCCACUCUCCUCUCUUCCCUCUGCUCCCCGUCUUCAUCUCAACUUGAACUAUUCCUGCAUUUAAUUUUUAAUGAUAUACAUACAGCUCGCGCACUACCGCUCUCCUCUUUCUCUGUCCCCCACCCCCCUACUCUCUGCUCCUUUCUUCUCCACCUGUUAGUCUCCCUCUUCUCUCCGCACUGGAGACCCCUCUUUUUUUAUGUGGAGUUUCACACUUGCGCUAUCACUGAGCCCUAUGACUGUGCGAAAAGGCAAACGUUUAGGCAUCUCCAUCCAGGAGCACAUGGCCAUUGACGUCUGUCCAGGCCCCAUCCGCCCCAUCCGCCAAAUCUCUGCCUACUUCCCUCGACUCUCACCCACUUCUUCUUUCUCUGAGCCGCUCUCCCCCAAUCAGGUGGCAGCACCCACCGUGCUCAGUCCUGGUAACACAGGUCAAGGUGGAGGGGUCAUUGGAGGUGGGGGAGAGGGAGGAGGAGGAGGAGGAGGAGGAGGGAGCAGUGGGCUGUUGUCCCCGCUAUUACCAGGGGCAGUGGGUGGAGGGGGUUCACUGUCAGCCAUGAGCAGCAUGGACACCUCCAUUGAGAUCGACAGCUGUGACAGCGAUGAUAACACCUCUUUGGGAACGUUAGAGUUUGACCUACUGUAUGAGAGAGCCACCAGCUCCUUACACUGCACAGUCCUGAGAGCAAAGGGUCUGAAGCCGAUGGAUUUCAAUGGUUUGGCCGAUCCGUAUGUAAAGCUGCACCUGCUGCCAGGAGCCUGCAAGGCCAAUAAACUGAAAACCAAGACUGUUCGCAACACAUUGAACCCCGUGUGGAAUGAGACACUCACCUACUGUGGAAUCACAGAGGAGGAUAUGUACCGCAAAACACUCCGGGUGUCUGUGUGUGAUGAAGACAAGCUGACACAUAAUGAGUUCAUUGGAGAGUCACGGGUGGCGCUGCGCCGCGUGAAGCCUGACCAGACCAAACACUUUAACAUCUGUCUGGAGCAUCCACCUCCUCUGCCUUCGCCCACUGCAAUGAGCACAGCCCUGAGAGGAAUCUCCUGCUACCUGAGAGAGUGGGAGACAGAGCAGAAGAGAAGUCUAGAAGAGAGAGGACGCCUGCUGCUCUGCCUGCAGUACGUCCCCCCGGCCAGUGAUGGCGACGUGAAAGGCGAGGCCAAAGACAGGGCUCGUGGGGGCCUGUGUGUGGGCGUCAAACGCUGCGCCCACCUGGCAGCCAUGGAUGUCAACGGCUUCUCAGACCCCUACGUUAAAACGUACCUCAAGCCAGAUGUUCACAAGAAAUCCAAGCACAAAACUGCAGUUAUAAAAAAGACUCUCAACCCGGAGUUUAAUGAGGAGUUCUUCUAUGAAAUCUCCUUCUCAGAGUUAGCCACCAAAACACUGGAGGUCACGGUGUGGGACUACGACCUGGGAAAGUCCAAUGACUUCAUAGGUGGCGUAUCCUUAGGGUGUCACUCACAGGGAGAGACUCUGCAGCACUGGAUAGACUGUCUGAAGAACAAGGGCAAGAAGGUGGAGCGCUGGCACACGCUGACCAACGAGCUGCCUGGAUCCACAGUGCAGGAAUGAACUGAGCCCCCUUGCCCACUCUGACACUGGAGGAAAAGUCUGAAGACUUAGGAUGGGAAAUAUUUCAUUGCAUGCUCUGAGGGCUUUCUGCAUGACUAUGAAGGAUUCAUAUCCUACUUACUUUGUGUCAUAAAUGAGUUCAUAAUUCAUAACGGUGAGCCUAAAGGGUUCACAUUCAGAGGACAAAAUUCUAAUCUUGGCUCUAAAUAGACCUGAUGCAAAUAUAAGAAACCCUCCCAUCUGCUAAGCCAAGAGUGUGCAAAUUCUCAUAAUCACAUUUAUAGAGAUCCAUGUUCCUUUUGUGGAUUUUAUUUCGGUCUAACUGGUCAGAUCUUAAUCUACAAAAGAACUGAAAUUGUGCAUGACAUUACAAUGUCCCUCAAUGUAGUUUAAUGAUUUGGCAUUUUGACUCUAAUGUCGUCCCUCAUGUCAGGUUUGCUUGCUCUUAUUAAAUCUAUCCUGUUAUUUUCAUUAAAUGCUGACAUUAGAACGCCACCGUUAUGACCAUCUGUCUCACCACGCACACAUCUCUCCCUUGCAAUAAUGUUCUGCAUAAUGCUUCCGAAGACUUCCAAGUGGUCUUAAUACUAUCAGAUGUUUUGUAUCUAUUGAGCUGCCACUGGACUGCCAGCAGACAGCACACCCUGAUAAGAUUAUUGGUUCUUCCAUGUUGAUGACUUGUGUCAGUUAUUUGCAUGUUCAGUGUUGAUGGAGCAAACUAAAAGAGAAAUAUGUGCCAGGCUCUGCUGCAGGAUAAAAUGUUCAUCGUGGUGUUGUUCCCAGUUCUCCUAAGGUGUAUUGCUCUGAUUAACAAAUGAGAAUUUUUAUUUGAUUUGAGCGUAGUUUUUUUUUUUUAUAUUCACAGGUGUUUGAUGUGUCAGCUUCUUGUUAAUGACACACUGAUGUUUUGCCUCACAUCCCCAUAGAUGUACAGAAGAGGACAGAAGGGUAAGUAACAGAGAGGUUUCAGAGAGCUGUGCAUGUUACUGUACUAUGACACACAGUAGGUAAAAUCAUCAAUCUUUGUUUAAUCUUCGAAUUACAAAUAUGAAUGAUGUAUAGAGCACAGUGCUGUGUGCUGUCUCUCUGUGGCUGCUGUACUAAUGACUGCAUUAACCAAGUUGAAGGUUUUAUCUGUGCUCAGUCUCCUGUGAUAUCAGAGGCAUGCUGAAAAUACCAGUGGUGUUCAUAUGUAAAGAUAUAUGGUGUUUCACUUGCUUUGGAUGUUUGUCUUUGGAAUAUAAACUGUGCAUGUUUUUUUCAUAAACUAUUCAUAUUGAUUUAUUAUGUGCAUCCUUGAAUUUCUAUUAUAUUUGUUCCAUGGCUCCACAGGGACCUCUGAACCUCUGAUAUUAACUUAGGCUCAAUUUAGGUGCAACACUAUAAAGCCACCGCUGCCACCUGGUGUUCGGGAUCUGCAACUGCAGCCUUUUCUCUGACUAAUGUGAUCAGAAGUGAUCAACAGACGGGUCCGAGGGGGGGACCUAUUUGUUUUCUACCCCCUACCCUACCCGCUGCAGAUUACCUGGAUGAGGUGUGUUCAGUCAGACAGAAGCUGGAAGAUGCCAUCUUAGAUGAAGGUGGAAUUAGGAGUGUCAGAUACAAAAUUCAUGUGUUCAAAAAUGUUUUUCAAUUAACUUAAAUUAACUGAACUGAAUUCAACUUCAGGUCAAAAAAUCAAUCAAUCAAAUAAAAAAAACACCACAAUAUGAAAUAAGAAAUUCAAAUUUGUGGAUGACCAAUGGUUCUUCUUCCUCUUGUAUUUUAGGCAGAUUAGACACUUUGAUCGCUUGACUGACAGAGGUCCACACAUAUGUUUGCAUUUGAAUGUUUUAUCUUGAAUUUUGGUGUCUGAAUUUCACCAAUCCAUCCUGAACAAGCUAACUGUACUUUAACAGAUGUAUACAUUUGAGCAACUUCAACACAGCUGUAUAGUAUAUAAAACUUCACAAUACACUAAAAAAAAAACUCUGUACAUCUGU